CAGCAACACAGCCCCUGACUUGCGGGCUCACAUAUAGAAGGCCGACCAUGGUGGGGAAGCCGACGGGAGGGGCGCCUGGGCACAAUACUGCACGCUGGGUAAACAGCGCAAAUCCUUCUAUUAGGACACCUGGUGCCCAUCAAGGGAGACCGCGCCUACGCGCAGAUUCCGGGCUUCUCUCACUCACGUGCGACCUGGCGGUGCGGGCAAAGAGGUGUGACCGAUGCAUUCUCACUAUAGGAGCCACGGACGGGCGCCAGAGUUGGAUUUGGUGAUACACAUUGCAAGAACGGACCGACUGUGCGCACCCACCAGGGAUUGAAGGCCGGGGCGCCCCGCAGAUUUCGGAAAAUUUCACGAGCCCAGUGAUUGCACCAAGCAGAGGCACACGCGUCUGCUUAAUCACAUAACAUACUUUGAUUUUGCAAUUGUUCCGAAUCUGGAAAAGAACCGAAUUCGCCCCGGCGUGCGCUCGGGACCGGGGAGGUCCGACACGGAGGCAGGGCCUGCAAGCCAGUCGCCCGGGGAUAUGCCUGCGGACCAGCCAGCCGGAGAAGCUGCAAUGCCCGCACUCCUCUUGGGCAUCGUCGGUAGUGCUGUUGUUGAUAGCGGCAGGGAAUGCAGGAUGGGGACCGGGGCUCGCAGCAGCACAGUCUUCCCCGGCCGAGUGCGCCAGCUCCCUGGCAGACUCCAUGGUUCGCGAGCUCGCGUCGAACCUCGCUGGACGGGGCGUGGUGUUCCAAGACAUUGGUAGCGUCACGCGCGGCCCCAUAGCCGCCUUCAACUCCUGCAUCGCGCUAGCAUCCAGCACAGGCACCGAUGUCAAGGUCGUACAGUGGAUGCUGUACCCGGGGUGGCAGGUCAGCACUGUGUUUGAUCUCAUGCGCUACUCCGCCCGCGUCCUCAAGCUGACAAAGUACAGCUUCUUGUAUCCCGACACGCUGCCACCUCCGGCUGCCAUGGUCACGCUUGAUGACUUUGACGCGCUGCUGCGGACAUCCCAUGCCAACUACACCAUCACGUCACAGGACGUCUCAGGAAUGCCCCUGGCAACCUUCCUCUUUGACCCUGAGGUUCACGCGGCACGGUUGUCCAGCAUGCCUAUCUUCCAAGACAUCCCAGAGAACUUAUGUGCCGAGCCGCUUGCGCCUACCGGGCCGCUUUUCCCACGCACCUUUCUGUUCACGCUGUUCCGGGCGGACGUUAUGUCGGCGUUGGCGGCGGCUGGGCUCAUACCGGGCGGAACCGGCCCGUUAAGCGAGUGGGUGGAGGUCUUGUCGCUUCUGGACACCUACGCCUCCCUGGUCCGGCGGCAGCAGACCGACCCCGCCUCCCUGCCCUCAAUAGUGCCCAACCCGCUGCCGCCCUUCCCAGUCUGCAUCAACACCGACUCCUUGUGCGGGCGGCAGACCGACCUGCUCGCCGCGAUCGCCGCCAGUGUCAUCCAGAACCGGGGGACGCAGCAGGGCUACUUUUUGGACCUGUCGCUGCAGCCGCCGGCUGCCGUACCAACUGUCAACAAUACGGCAUGGCGUUACGCGGCGUCCGUACUGGCGGCGCUAAUGCGGUACAAUCCCAGCGAAGCCGACCAGACCGCCGCCACCAAGGUCACAGGUGGCCUGGACGGCACUGGGCCGGGCGCGCACAAGUGCCACGCACUGGCGCAAGACUUCAACAUCGGCAGGUGCCUGCUGCAGUUUGAGUUUGACAUUGAGAUGUUUAUGGGAACAAACUUUGCCCAAAUCAAUAAGCCGGGCCAGUACGGCGUCGCGCCGCUGCCGGGGAGCCGCCUGGUGGCGGCGCCGCCGGGAUACGACGUUGCGGUUACAGCAGCAACGGCGGCAGCUGCGGGUAGCGGCAGCAGCAGCAAGGGCGCGAAGUUUGGUCUGCUGGAGGGCAGGGACCUCUUCCCGUGCACGGAGGAGCUUUGUGGCCUGUCCCACAACCAUGACUUGCUGUAUCUGCAGCCCACGAUUGAGGGCGCGGAGGCGGCUGCCGCGGCCUCGGACGCCGCGGCUGCUCUCUCCGCCGGCCGCGACGUCAGCAGCAGCAGCAGCGGCAGCCAGCGUAUCGACACAGGCGACUCGCCUCUCCCGGUGUACGCAGAGCGGGAGCGGGUUGCGGCGGCGCGGCUGAAAGCCAACCUCGGCGCCGCGGUGCUGCCGCCGCUGGUGAACCGGGCACCCUACAGCGUGGCCCUAGACCAUGUGUUCACAGUGCGCUACCAAGGUGCGGGCGUGGACACCGUCAGCCUGGGCGACAUGGUGGCGAUGCAACAGUGGGCGGUGCAGGGACUGAGCUCAAUUCGCGCGCGCCGCCAGGCCGCCACCGACACGCUGCGACAGGCCCUGGGUUACCAGACGGCUACUGGCAACAGCUCCAUUCACAGCUGCAACGACUACGCCACAUGGGACUGGUGGCGCCUGUUCGCGCCCUCACAGCGCCGUGCGGCGGCAAACGCCACCGCCUCCGGCCGCCACCGCCGCCAGCGCCAGCUUGUGCUCGACGGCGCGGCGGCGUCCGCUCCCAGCCGCAACCUGUCGUUCCUGUACGCGGACUGGGCGGAUAUUGCGGCGGACGUGGCGCAGUCCGGGGGCUCCCGUGACGCCGCCGGUUUUGGCGGGCUGUACCUUCACGCCCUGUGGCACGCAACACACAGUCCCAACAUCGCAACAGACAUGCAGUCACCCACCACGAUCAACUUUUUCCGCUACGCUCUCGACCACGGCAGCAUGCUGCUACUGCCGCCUAACAACAGCUACAACGGUAGCUACAGCCGCGUUGACGAGAUGAUCCCAGCCACGCCGGCGGCCGUGGACGCGGCACUGGGGCUGGUGGACCGCGUGUGGCGGCUAGGGGUGGCCGCUCAGGGCAACGGCACGGUGCGGCGCACCUACGAGGCAUCCAUCUCCGCGCCCGACUGGCAGCCACCGCCGGUGGACAACUCGGGUCUGAGCCCGGGCGAGGUGGCGGCCGUGGCGACCUCGGUGGCGGUGUUUGUGACGCUGGUGGUGGUGCUGGUGGCGGUGCUGGCGCUGGCGGCGGUUCGGCGCAGGAGGACGCGGCGCAACCGUGACAUGCUGGGGCGAGUCGUGGCGCCCAGGGAGGGGCCGGACACGACGCUGCUCAUCACAGACGUUCAAAACUCCACCGUCCUCUGGGAGGCGCUUCCCGUCGCUGUCAUGGACACUGUGCUCAAGAUUCACCACGGCCUCAUCCGCGCCGUGCUGUCCAAACACGACGGCUACGAGAGCGCCACGGAGGGUGACUCCUUCAUCCUGGCCUUCGCCACGCCGCAGUCAGCUAUGGACUUUGCAACCGAGUGCCAGGUCGCGCUGCUCAAAGCCGACUGGCCGCCCGCGCUGCUGGACCACCCCGACGGCGCGCCCGUGCUGGUCCUGUCGCCUCAUGACCCCCGAGACGUCCAGCACGCCACCGCCACGCUCGCGGCGCUGGGUCCGCUCUCCCCCUUGCACAUGCUGAGCAGCCGCCACAUGUCAGGCUCGGGCGUGCUCAAGCGCGGCUCCCCAGCGGGCGGCGGCAGCGGCACUCUUGGCGUGGAGCGGAGCAAGGGCGCGAUCAAGCACCAGGCGCAACAGUUGCAGCUGCACCCAGGCCGUGGCAGCCUCAAGACCAUGCUGCCUGGCACUGGCAGCGCUUUCGGCAGCAACAUCACAGGUAGCGUCGCCACCACCGGAAGCAGCAGCUGCAAGGAACUAUCGCUGUCACAUGGCCUGGCCAGCAGCGCUUUCACAGUCGAGUCCUCCGGCCUUGGCUCCGCCGCCCCAGCUUUCCCUGGCUUUCCCAGGCGUAUGCUGGGCGCACUCCUGCCAAGCAGCCUGGGCGUCGUGGCGCAAGGCAGCUCCCCGCAGGUCCACUUGUUCGCGCCGCUCACACCGACGGCGUCGCCCGGUGAGGCGACCGUGCCGUCAGGCACGGCUGUGGCUGCUGCUGGGGUCGUGCUGGAGUCUCCCUUCACGGCAGCGGGGGCGCCUGCGGCAAACACGCCCUCAACCGCCGGCCGGCCCGGCGCCGUGGGGCACCUGUCUGGUAGCAGCAGGGACACAUGCUGGGUCAGCGGCAGCGGUGUGGCGGCCCUGUUUCCGGCCGUGGUGGGCAUCGGCGGCGACAGCGCUGCCGGCGCCAACGGCGCUAUGGCAGUGGAUGCGCUGGUUGGUCCGGGCGGCUGCUCUUGGAAGGAGUUGUUGGGUGCCGCGUUUCCGGUUCUGCCAAUGGACACGCCGGAGGGCCGCCGUCUGGCAAUGCUGCUCGGCGCUGGCGGAGGCGGCAGGGGCGGCGGAGGCGGAGGCGGCGGAGGCGGAGGCGGUAGCCGCCGGGGCAUGAGAGGCCGCAGUGGCUCGCUUGGCGGCGGCGGCGGCGGGGGAGAGGGCGGCGACGAGGAGGGGGAAGAGGGGCAGCACCGCUCCCACACGGGUUUGGAGGAGGUGUUUCGAUCCAUGACCGGCGCGGGGGCGCAGCUGCUGCAAGGGGAGGGCUGGCGGCCUGGCCCAUAUGCGCCGUGCGUGCACCUGCCGGACGGGCGGCUGGCACUGGUGGCGUUCCGCGGGCUGCGAGUGCGCAUGGGCUUGCACACCGGCCUGGAUGACCCAGAAUCGGUGGCCUUCAACAAGGUGUCGAGUGCGUACGCCUACAAGGGUCCUUUUGCCAAGCUCGCAAAGCUGAUCAGCGACGCCGCGCCCGGCGGGCUCAUACUGCUGUCCUCUGCCACCUUUUCCCGGCUGCGCAACACACGCUCCACGACUGGCAGCAGCAGCAGCACCGCCGGCGACAAGGCGGCUGCCGCCAGCGCUGCCGCAGAGGCGGCGGCGGCGGAGCAGGCGGGCGGCUUUCUAGCCGAGGGCGAUGACGAGGGUGGCGGGGGCACCGCCCGCCACUCUGCCACGGGCGCCGCCGCCGCUGUCGUCAAGGAGUCUGUCGCGAGCUUCCUCUCUGGGAUUAAACAUAUGUUCGGCUCGCGCCGAGCCGCUGAGGCGGCCGCGGCGGCGGCCGCCGCGGCCUCCAGUCGUGGCGCAGUGAUUGUGUUUGCCGGCAGGCAUGUGCUGUCGGCGGAUCCCAAGCCGCAGGGAUCCCCGCCGGUGCCGUGGUGGGGCGGCGGGGCACUGUGCUCAAGCAGACGGCACCGCUUCAGCCGCUUGCGCUGUGGUGCCAGCGGCCUAAGCGGCGCAGCGGCGCCGGGCGCUGGAACGACGGGGCCGACGGUGACGUUGGCUCUGGCGGGACCCGUGGCGGAGGCGACGCUGGCGCUGGACGAGGUCUCGCCCGACUCCGACAACGAGCUCGGCGUGGGCGCGCAGCAGGCGGCUGGCCAAAUCGGCGGCGCUGCUGCUGAUGCCAAUGACACGGUUGCUGCCACCGCGGCCGCGCGAGUCAAUGCCCAAGAGCAGCAACCACAGCCGCAGCUACAGCUGCAGCUGCCGUCAGCAGCGGGGGUUCAGUCCAACGGCCGGCACCAUAACGCAUCACUGCAGCACCAGCACCAGCACAGGCAGUUCGGCCGCUCCAUCGACCGCGGCGCGCUGGCAGGCAUGCUCGCAGAAGCCCUGGUGGAAGCCGCCUCCGCCACCCAGUCCGCCAUCGCCGCCGGCGCCCAAGGCACCCACGGCACCAACGGCGCCCACGGCGUCGCCGCUGCUGUGGCUGUCGCCGACGGCACCGGGGCGGCUUCGCCGCUGCCGCCGCCUCGGCGGCGCCAAGUUGGCGAGCUGCUGGCGCUGAUGCAGCCCGAGAGCUCCGAGCUGGUGUUUCUGGCGGUGCACCCCUCGCUGGUGUGCCGCCUGGCGCUGGCGGCGCCGCUGCGCGUGGUCCGGCCCUGCGCGCAGGGCAGCCUGGCAGCGCCGGUGCUGCGCGUGACUGUGGUGUUCAUGAAGGUGGCGGGCGCGGCGCUGCUGCUGCAAGACCUUCCCGGCCCGGCCGCCCGCGCCCUGGAUGCAUUUUUGCGCCUAGCGGCAGGCCUGCUGGGCGCCGCGGGCGGGUAUCUGGUGGAGGGCGGCGACGGCCUGGCUCUAGCCGUGUUCGCCAGCCCGGCAGCUGCGACCCGCUGGGCCUUAGACACCGUGGCGGCGUUGAAGCGCUACCCCUGGGAGGAAGCACUGCUGUCGCACGAGCUGUGCGCGGAGGAGCUGGCCAUCGGCGGGGCGGUGGCGGUCUCCCACACCGCCAGCCAGGCGACGGUGGCGGUGGGCAACGGCACAGGAGGAGGGGGCGGCGGCGGCGGCGGCCUGCCACACCAGUCCCGCUCGCCACACUCGUUCACGUUGCAGCGGAGCCGGACCAUCAUGCAGACGGGGCCACGCAUCAAGUGCGGCCUGGACGUGGGCGAGGUGACGCACACGCUGACGGAGGCGUCCGGGCGGCUGAGCUACCGCGGCCGACCCAUGAACCGCGCCGCGCGCAUUGCGGGCAUCUGCGCUGCCGGCAAGGUGCUUGUAAGCGGCGACGUGUGGGCGGCGGCGUGUGAGGAGGACGCCGGUAUGGCUUACAGCUACAGCGGCAUCAGCCUGGGAGCCAUUCCGCUAAAGGGCGUGGCGCAGCCCAUUGAGGUGGUUGAGGUGGUGCGAGAGUUGGAGCAGUAGCAGCAGGCGGCAGUAGCAGCACAGCAGCAGUGCGUGACGGCGGCAGUAGCACAAUUGGAUGCGCGCUCAUCAGUCUGCCAUUUUCCAAUGGGGGUGCGCCUGUUUUCCAGCCUGAACCAAACAGCACCACUUCUGCCUGGGCGUGCAAAGGAUGCCGCAGUAAAUUGCAUUUACAUUUGCCGGGUGCGCUGCAAGGUAAGCGUGUUCUGAGCCUGCCAUUCAUUGCAAUGGGGAGGCCAGAUGUCUGGUACAGUUGCUUGUCCUUGAACAAGCCGAGGCGCUAGGGCCCAACACCCCCGGGCGGCGGGGCCCGCCGUGUGUUCUUAUGUAGGCCGCUCCGCCCGGCUCAUUGCGUCACUCUGCAGCCGGCGGCGGAGCCCUCCGCUUCCAUUUUACACUGUUCCAACUUUUAGCUGGGGGUAACUGAACGACCUUGUGAAAGCGCACCUUAAUUGUGGUGCCGCACGCGCGAUUGCAGGAAAUGGGUGGUGACUUGAGGGCAAGGGUAGCAGGGUGCUGCGCAGUUUAAAUAUGCAGGAACCUGAUGUUGUUCUACGAACGUGUAUGGGGGUGGUUGAGUUGCGACGGCUUCUCUAGGAGGUCGCAGGCUGACAGAGAAGGCGAGUUCUUAUGACGAUGAGUUGUACGGCUUGGCACGAAGUGCCUUAAGCCUCCGGCGUCUGCCUUUCAGGCAUCCGCCGUUGUAGCAUUAUGCUCUACUCAUUUUACUGCUAUCUAAACAAGCCGCCCUCCCACCCUGCUUUGUAUGCGGGCGCUGGGCUGGGCCGCGCCGGUGCUGCCAGGGCUGACGAGAGAGUAGAGCUACCGGCCACUAUGGCAAGAUGAAACAGUGACGCUUGUUUUGUUGCAGGUUUUGGUAACGUUUACAGUGGUUAUUGGCAGCACGGUUUGGUUGGCUGGUCUGGUUCAGUGGCUAUCGAACAAGAAGAGACGCGCCGGUGAAAACGUGCUGAGUGCACAUGACCAAACGAUACUGAGACUGGACGCUCCCCAUUGUUUGCACUCCGAAGGGUUGGAACGGGGAAGUUGUGGUGUUGCUUUGGAUGUGUCUUAGCAUGUUGCAGAACAAUGGAAACGUAUGCACCGGUAUUUAUUUUGCAAACGCAGAAGACUGGGCUAGCGCGCAGGCAGGACGCGCCAGGAUCAUUGUGUGGCUGCAAAGCGUCCGUUUUGUCACAUUUGGCUUAACAUAUGC